CAGAUGAUUAUAUGAACGGUUUCUACUCUCUCUAUUUCUCUAUUUCUCUAUUUCUCUAUUUCUCUCGCUGUAUUCUCUAUCUCUCUCGCUGCUCUCUCUUUCUCUUUGUCUCGGUAAGAAACAUUAUGCCGUCCUCAAGCGCGUCUGAGUCCAUAAUGAAGAAAGGAACAAAACGAAAAAUCGAAAUAAAGAAACGAGAAACCAAACAGCAACGAGCCGUGGCUUGCUCUAAACGCCGUCAAACUGUGUUUUCCAAAGCGGCCGAUCUCUGUCAUCUCUCCGGAGCCAACAUCGCCGUCUUCGUAACCUCUCCCUCAGAGAUUUCCGAUGUUGUUUACUCCUUCUCCGGCUACUCUCCUGCCCACGAGAUCGCUGAUUGUUACCUAAAUCGCAAGCCACCUCCUAAAAUUGAAGUUAAAUCCCAAUCCAAAUUAGGGUUUUGGUGGGAAGACCCUGAUCUAUACAAUUCUUGUGAUGAUCUCUCUGAGUUAAACAUCCUUGAGGAUCAUAUAGAGAGAGUGAAGAAGCAUGUGAUGGCUUGCCUUGAGAAGAAAGAAAAAUUGCAAUCUGUUUCUAACACCGAACAGAACCCUAGCACUUGUUCUCUCGACGAGGAUUGUGAUCGAGGUUUUGAUCUAAACUCUAGCCCUUCUACAUAGGAUCUUAUUCUCUCUCUUAAAAUCUUUUCUCGUAUCCCCUGUUGUAAUAUUGAAUUUCUUUUUUUUUAUACAGUAUUUAAAAUCCAAAAUUUAAUAAAAACCUUUAACC